CAUCCUGGUACUUUGCACUUACAUGUCGGCAGCAGGAGAGAGGAAAAAAAAAAAAGGGUGAUCCGGGAAGUGAACCCAGUGUCCUAACUGGACUCUGGGCUAAGCGUCUGUAAACAGUCCAGAAAAGUUCAACCUGUUGGCCAGUUGCAGGUUUUGCUCUUGGAUGGUACUUUUGGAAGAACCGGAACUAUACAAAUAAAAUCUAAUGCUACCCCGCUGCAAAGAAAGCAUUUGGUUGACGAGGGACACCUUCUUCCUGUGAUGAUAUUAUGUACAUCAUUACACUGUGGUGAGGUAGGAGGGAACAAACAGUAGGUAUGUCUAAGACAACGACCUUGAUGAGGCACCGAUACCGGCCUGUGUCGGAAUUUGAUGAAGUCACUUUGGCCUCUAAACGGGAAUACUGGCGGACUAAGAAAAGGGAGCAGAGAGCAAGGCUGUCCAAGGUCAAGAAAGAGGUUAAAGCUCCAAACACAGAAAAUUGUAAACCUGUGUGUACAGAUGGACAUGUUUCACAAAAAUCUCAUUGUGAAUUUAGUCCUAUUUUGGUUAAUAGGGACAGUUCAUACCAAACAAGUGUUGCACAAAAUCAGACCAAGGGUGUGGUGAUUUGCAAAGAGGAGAUGAAAAGCUUGACCACUGAAGAAUCAAACAUGGAUCCCUCCAUGGUCGAACGUAAUGGGGCACCACUCACCAAGGGAUUACCAGUGCCUGCAGCAUGCAUACAAGUACACUCAAACAGCAUAACACCUCGACAGACACGGACCAGAUCUUCAGCCUUUAAGGGUAACCUCUCAAGCAUUCCUCAGACAAGUGCUGUAUCCCAGCUAGCAUUAAAGUGCAGUAAAGAAGCUCCUGAAAUUAAAUGCUCUGUAACACACAAGUCCUUGGCAUUUGUGGAAGGUAAGUUUGAUAAAGACCAGCGCAUGCUAGCAAGAAGUGGUACAAAUACAAAUAGAAAUGCUGGUGCCGAUGUCGUGGUCCGCAGCAUGGGUGUGUACAAUACUGCAGAAGUGUCCAUGACUGAAGAGGAGAAGGCUGCUAAGCGUAGAGAGAACUGGCGUAUCAAAAAACGAGAGCAAAGGGCAAAAUUUGCUGAGAAGCGGAAGAUGGACCGAGAGAAGCUGCAAUGUUUUGAGAAAGGACAUCAGGAAACAGGGAAGAUUUCCUGUGCUGCCCCAGCACAUUCAUUAUCCCCUGCGAACACAAUGGCUUUGAGUGGAGCUAAGCAACGUAACUCUGUGAUCUCUGUUGACUCAAGACUGAGUACUGGAAAACCAGUACAUUAUGGAGUCGGAGUGGAAAGAGAUAAAUUAUCAUCCAGAAGACCCUAUACACCACAAUCAGUGGCUUUAAAACUAGCUGAAAGGCAAAGGUUACUAGCCAAAAACCUGUCCUCUGUUUCAGUUUAUAGCACUCAUCAAUUUCAGAAUUCAAAACAAAAUCAUAUGGCCAUAUCUACAAGGGUUUCUACGCGGCCCUCAAGAUCUAUCAAAGCUAUUUGGCAAUCCAGAAUGCCACAACAGAAGUUUGUCCGAAUACAAAGGAGGCAAGGUUUACCACAGGGGAUCGAGACAGCCGAGGAGCGACUUGCCAGGCAAAGGGAGUAUUGGCGUAUCAAAAAGCGUGAGCAAAGAGAAAAGCAUUCUUUGGCAUCGAAAGGCCGUUUGAAGGACCUGAAUUCAUUUAACUACCGUGCAAAACACUACCAGAUCAUAAUGGAGCAAAUGCGAAAGACACCAACAGGCCUUCAGAAAGUACCACAAUCAAACAAAAACACACUCCGCAACACCUCAAAUCCUAUUAUCAAAGACACUACAGCAGAGAAAGGUCCACCUGCUGUAGGCUGCAGUUUAUCACCUGUGAAAUCCUCAGAGUCAUCUGGACCUCCUAUGCUACAAAAAUUAAUUGGGACUAGCACCAGACCAGUUCUACAUAGCAUUCCAAAUAACACCGAUUUAUCAGUAAAUCGAAAAAAAACUCAAAGGUCAACUGUUCAGAACAUUACUGCCUGUGAUCCUGUGAUUGAACAAGCCAGUAAUAUAGAACAAGCCAAUGGUACAGAAGAUGCUAAGAUUCUUACAACCUCAACAGAGGCCACCCAAACUGAAACGCUGUUUGCAGAGAGUAGGAUGACUAUUAAAAGCGAGUUGACGAGCUGUGAUUUUUGUUCAGUUGAUACCCCAGUUUUGAUUUCAACAGCAUGUGAUACAACCAAACAAGAACCCAUUUAUCCCUCAAUAGCCAUGGCAUGUUUCCUCACAGAACAAAAUCAGACUAUGAAUAUUAAAGAGAUCAAUUCUGCGCCUUCCUUUCCUGAGAACAGUGCUGAGGCAGAGCCUUGCUCAAAUAGUGACAACCAGUCCACUACUCUCUUGGUGGUGGCAUCUAUGAAAAAGCUCCUAGAAGAAUCUCUGAGCUCGGUCGGUGACAGUAAUCGUGCAUCUAUAGACAAUGGUGAUCUUUUACCUUGUAAAACUGAAGAUAAAUCCCUUUUUCAGGAGGAUAAUGAAAUGGACAGAAAGGCUGACCUUACAGAACCUCAGGAAUUCUCCACAGACACUUGCUCUUCUUCUGUAGUGGUCAAACAGAGUCCAUCUCCUUGUCAUUCUCCUCUGCAGGCACAUGACAUUUCUUCAGAUGGUACUGUUCUUUCUUCCCAAGACUCCUCACUUAACCUGCCUUGUACUCUCACUUGCUUCGAUAAAGGUCCAGGAGAUGAAAGAUGUGAACUGCCUAUGGCUACAUAUGUGACCCGCUCAAUGCAUAGUGGCAAAAUUUCAGGACCCCAGCGAAAUUUUCCUUCUAAGGCACAUGGAGGUCAGCAGCAGAAUGAGAACAGUGAGCUGCAGAAAAAGAGAGAAUAUUGGCGAGUAAUGAAAAGGCAACAGAGAGCAAGGAAGGCCAAAGAGAUAGAGAGACGAAAAGAUGCUCUGCAUCUUCCUCAGAGGAAAUGUGGCAGCUCUCAAGUGAUUCACCUGCCUGUGGCUCAACAGCCGAGUCGCACAAACCUCAACCAUCCUGUUGUUCUUCCCAGUGUCACUUCACGUCCCACCUGGCCUGUGUUAAGUCCCACUGCAUCAUCUAAUCAACAGCCAUCAAAUGAGGCAAGGCAGCUAUUGUUUGAAGGACAGAAGGGUAAGACUACAUCAUCAGAGGCGUCUCAGGUGAACAAAUGGCAGCUACAGGUUCAGGGAAAUGUUCAUACUUCAGCCACCAGACCAGGUACUGUGACUUCCAUCCCGAUGAAUCACGUAAAGCUGUCAGAGCCUCCAAUACAGGCUAGAGGGUCCUCGGUGACCAAAUUCAAAAGUCAUCAAAGCCAAUUAAAGAUUACUCCAAAUCAGGAGUUUGAUCCUGACGAUGCUAUACAAAGGAAGAGGAUGCAUUGGAGAAUAAAGAAGCAGGAGCAGAGAGCUCGGAAGGCGGCACGGGAGAAAGAGCUCCAUACAACACUCAACCAACAGAGACACGGCUGGUCAAACAACAUUACACACGUAGUUCCAAACAUGCCACGAGUUAGUCUGGACGACUGUAUGCCUGAAGAUUGUCAGACAACAAGAGUGAAAGAAGAAGCAGAAGUAUGUUAUAUUCCUGAUGAAGAUUGUUCAGAUCAUCCCUUGUCCGAAAACAAGUGGAGAAGCAUUUACCUCAUGGAUUACGAUCCAGUAAACCAACUGCUGGUGUGCAUGGUGUGUGGGGAACAGCAGUAUACAUUUAGUGUAGAGGAAGUGAAAGCUCAUAUAGAGGAAACCCACCCUAGCAGUCUGUCAUUGGAGGAGGCGGAGCGACAAAACAUCCUCGAGGCUUGGGAUGAACAAGUGGCAGUGAGAGAGCGUUUCUUCACCAACCAGCUGUGGCAGAACAGCAGUGUCCUCAAAGAACAGAGCUCAGGGCACAUGGCUGAGGUCGAAGUGAUUCUGGGCCAAGAUGAUAAAGCAGAUCAGUCUAAAAGACGGUAGUGUGAGCAAUGACAUUCUCCAAAAGAAAGUUAAAAUCCACUGGUUUCAAGACUUUGCGAGGCGUACUCUGACAGAGCAUAUUAAAGCUCUUUUUUUUUUUUUUCUUUGGCAAACACGCAACCCAUGGUGAUCCAUCUGGAUUGUACCACAUUGCUGUAUUGCAGACUUUUUUAUAAAUGCGUGCAAAUGAUUUCAAUUUUAUACAUUUAUGUUUACAAUACAUUCAUCUAUGUGCAUUCAUGUAUUCAUCAUUAACCGCCAUAGCUGUUUGCAUUCUCGAUCUUUCACAAUCUGAGGAAUCGCAUUUGAGAUACUGUAGACCUUCUGGGGAAAAAAUUGACUUGACCUGUUCUUUGACAUGCUGUUUCAUUCACCUGGUGCUUAUUACUUUCUCUAAGCAUUGCCUUCCUUUUAAAGAUGUUACUAUUUAAUACUAUACUUAUAAGCACAUGUUAAGUUACAUAGUGAUCUCACUGAAACGUUCAUGUUAAUGAUGUUUAAGUGUACAUUUGCUACACAUACAGCAAUUUUUUUUUCUGUU